UUUCUCACCGCCUCUAUAUAAAAGGGCACAUCUCCUUUUCAAUUUGAAUCCUUAUUUAUUUUCAUUUUCAGACACCAUUUUCGCUCAAAUUCCCCUUGUUGCAGAUCGUCAAUCUCCUCUCUUCUCUUAUUUUUCUAUGUAAGUUCUCGUUAUUCCAAAGAUCCAAUAUUUGUUCAUAAGAAUCCCUCAAUUCAUUCGAUUUGUACAUAGAGAAAUUUCAGAACUUUUUCUUUAUAUCCAUUUGUUUUUUUGCAAAUUUUUGCUCUUUUCUUCUUGAUCAUAUGACUACACUCGGUUUCCUUACCAAUUCCACCAUGAAACCGUCUUGUAGAUUCCUUUUGACCCGAAAAAGCCCGGGUAUUUUCAGGUAUGUGAAAUACCAACAUACUUUAACCGCCAAUUUAUCAAGGAAUCAUUUGAAUUUAGACCAUAAUAAACGAUUUUCCACGUACCCUUCUCGAAUUUUAGGAUUUCGAAGCAUAACCAAUAAUACCCAGAGAUAUUUUUGUAUACCCGAUAACAAUUUUACCCAGUCCAGGCUUAUAUCAGGAUCCGCAUGUGGUCCUUGUGCAAGAAGAAGAACCAAUAGAGGCAUUUCUGUUAUUACAAGUGUUGCAUCAGAAGUGAAAAAAUAUUCAACUUCUGUCGAGACUAGAGUGAAUGAUAAGAAUUUUGAAAGAAUUUAUGUGCAAAGUGGGAUUGGUGUUAAGCCUGUGGUAGUUGAGAAGAUUGAUAUAGACGAGAAUGUUGUAGGAGAGGAAGCGUCUAGGAUAGGAAUUGUUGUUCCUGAUGAUGAUGUAAAUGUAUUGGAGGAUGUUAAAGGAGUUGAGAUUGUUAGUCCUAGGAGGGAGGAGUCAGAUAUUGAAAAAGAGGCAUGGAAGUUGUUAAAUGAUGCGGUUGUUACGUAUUGUGGGAGUCCUGUAGGGACGGUGGCUGCCAAUGAUCCAGGGGAUAAGCAGCCAUUGAAUUAUGAUCAGGUUUUCAUACGUGAUUUUGUGCCUUCAGCUCUUGCAUUCUUGCUUAGAGGAGAAGGAGAGAUUGUGAGGAAUUUCCUGCUUCACACCUUGCAAUUGCAGAGUUGGGAGAAAACAGUUGAUUGCUAUAGUCCUGGUCAGGGCUUGAUGCCUGCUAGUUUUAAAGUUAGGACCGUGCCUCUUGAUGACAAUAAAUUUGAAGAAGUUCUGGAUCCAGAUUUUGGUGAAUCAGCUAUUGGUCGUGUUGCACCUGUGGAUUCUGGGUUGUGGUGGAUUAUCUUAUUGAGGGCAUAUGGGAAAAUAACUGGUGACUACUCAUUGCAAGAGAGGGUGGAUGUUCAGACGGGCAUAAAACUGAUAUUGAACUUGUGCUUGACUGAUGGAUUUGAUAUGUUUCCUUCUCUUUUAGUCACUGAUGGAUCUUGCAUGAUAGAUCGACGGAUGGGUAUUCAUGGUCACCCCCUUGAGAUCCAGGCCUUAUUUUACUCUGCCUUGCGGUGCUCUCGUGAGAUGCUGACGGUAAAUGAUGGAUCCCGGAAUUUGGUGAGGGCUAUCAACAACAGGCUCAGUGCACUGUCAUUCCAUAUUAGAGAAUAUUAUUGGGUGGAUAUCAAAAAGAUCAAUGAGAUUUACCGGUAUAAAACUGAAGAGUAUUCCAUGGAUGCUACCAACAAGUUCAAUAUCUAUCCUGAACAAAUUCCUUCUUGGCUUAUGGAUUGGAUACCAGAGGAAGGUGGAUAUCUUAUAGGGAAUCUACAGCCAGCUCAUAUGGAUUUUAGGUUUUUCACUCUUGGAAAUCUUUGGUCUGUUAUUUCAUCUUUGGGCACCCCAAAACAGAAUAAAGCUAUUCUAAACUUGAUUGAAGCCAAAUGGGAUGAUCUUGUUGGACGCAUGCCUAUGAAAAUAUGUUAUCCUGCUCUGGAACAUGAAGAUUGGCGUAUAAUCACUGGUAGUGAUCCAAAGAACACCCCAUGGUCAUAUCAUAAUGGUGGAUCCUGGCCAACUCUUCUUUGGCAGUUCACAUUGGCAUGCAUCAAGAUGGGUAGAUUUGAACUAGCGCAGAAGGCAGUUGCUUUGGCUGAAGAAAGGCUCUCAGUUGACCGUUGGCCUGAGUAUUAUGACACACGUACAGGAAAGUUUAUUGGAAAGCAAUCCCGACUUCAUCAAACAUGGACUAUUGCUGGGUUCUUGACCUCCAAAGUUCUCUUAGAGAAUCCAGAGAAAGCAUCAUUGUUAUUAUGGGAGGAGGACUAUGAACUUCUUGAAAUCUGUGUUUGUGCACUGAGCAAGACUGGUCGCAAGAAAUGCUCUCGAGGAGCUGCUAAGUCGCAAAUUCUUGUGUAGGGCGAUAGCCAUUCUGUCAGAAUCAAGAGUUUGUUUGUGAUACACAGCUCCAAGUCUGGGAGAGGAUAGGACUUAUCAGCCUCUAGAACUGUAACGUAUACUAACAAAUGGUUACAUCUGUAAAAAGUUUUUGUUUUACUCAAUUUAAUUAGCUAAGUUAAUCGGUCCUGGAAUUUUGAAGGACUAGUUUUUGGGGAACUUUACAAGUAGAGUUAUGGUUUCUCCAUCAUCAUUGUAUGUACAUUGCCAAAUUCUUUAUAUAUUGAUACAUCUAAGGUUCAGUUA